GGACAAUACCGGAAGUCACCUCUCCUCUGGUAAGUUGCUAAUCGCGGUCGGAGCGCUUUGUUGUUUAAAACUUCUGCUGUCGCUCCUCUUGUCUGCGUUAUCAUCCAAGCGUCUGUGAACCCGAAACCUGAGCGACGAUGACGGACCGCUACAACAUCCACAGCCAGCUGGAGCAUCUCCAGUCCAAGUACAUCGGCACCGGACACGCCGACACCAGCAAGUGGGAAUGGCUGGUGAACCAGCACCGGGACUCCUACUGCUCCUACAUGGGACAUUUCGACCUGCUCAACUACUUCUCCGUGGCCGAGAACGAGAGCAAGGCGCGGGUCCGAUUCAACCUGAUGGAGAAGAUGCUGCAGCCAUGCGGGCCUCCAACAGACAAGCCUGACGAUGCCUAGACCACAGUUCCGCCCCCCCCCCCCAUGUCAUGUAUUUUGUAGGGGAUAUUUUCUGAGGGAUUGUUCUUGGACAUUCAUAUUUUUUUUGUGAUUCUAAAAUGUCUUGACCGGUCACUCAGGGCUCAGACCUGUGUUGUUUUCUUGCCCCUUCACAAGUCUACGUCUUUCAGGGAAGUUGAAACAAACAAACAAAGAGCGUCAAGCCCCAAACGUUAACCAGAGAACAUCGAAGUAAACAUGUGUACAAAGGCCUGUGUUUGUAUUCACUAACAGAGUUGUAUUCUUCACGGAAACAUGUGCUUUUAUUAAAAUCAGUCUUUCUCUA